GGUGCCAUUGAUAAACAGCUCAUGCUACACGCCACAAAGAGACGCGAGCCGUCGCGACGACGCAAAGAGAGUGCUCCGGCGCGUAAAAUUCUCACGUACCUCCCAGCGCGUUGGCUGACGUGAUCAGCAGCGCGUGGACGCGUUGCACUUGGAAAAUUUGAUUUUCAGUGAAUUCAGUGAGCCUCGGUCGUCGAAACUGCGGGAAACUCUCGGAGGAAAGGAAUUACUCACAGUCGCAGCGACAGCCAGCAACGGCCAGCAGCAGCAGCAGCAGGUAAGAAUUUCUGCAGUGAGGUGCAUGCGCGCGCACGGCGAACACGUGGCAUCGCGACGUACCGACGCCUCGCGUCGUUCCGUCGUCGCAAUGGGCGUCGUAACGUUGACAGCUAACUCGGCCAAGUCAGUGACAUGUCGCGACUCAAGGUCGUGGAGGACAUAUUGCUGCUCGAAGUCGAUUGCUCAAAGUCGAUGCGCGCGCGCGAUUUCUCGCGCUCACGUUUGAACGGUCGAGGAACUGCGCUCGUGAAAAGGCGCAGAAUGAUGGAAUAAAACUCUUAUGCGCGACUUUGGAACGUGAACGACGCUGCAUUGCUGGCGCGGCCAAGACGGCGAGCGGAUUUCGUGUCUCAUGUGCGAUUUAUUUCUCUGUUAUAUAAGAAUCACGCUUCGUGAAUGUGCAAUCGCUGGCCAUCUUGGCUGACGUGACACGUGCUGCUACUCGUGCCAGAAUCCAAACGCGCCGCACCUGCGAAACCUGUCUUCGAAUCGGCGCGACGUCGCUUCGAUACGAAAGCUUGUUGAAUAUCAUUUCUUAUUUAUUCGAGAAUCCAAACCGAAUAAUCUUGAUGGAUCCAAUGUUACAAUAAGGAGGAAGCGGACACUCGUGCACAACGCUAUUGCGUUGCAGUUGGUGCAGGUGUUCCCGCAUGUAUCUUUCAUGCACUGAUAUUUUAUUUUAUCACGAAAUGACUUUAAUUAACGCUAAUUGGCGAACUAAGUCAAUAUGCGCUCAAACGAUCAACGGAAAAACAAGCAUGCUGUAAUAAAAAAAUACUUGUACGGGACAAAUAAGAAUAUGAAGCGAUAACGGUUGUUAUAGCGCGCGCUAUUAAAGAUUGUUGUAAAUAAUUAAAGCAUGAAAUUUGUUAAUAUUGGAAAGUAAAUUAAAUACAAUUUGAGUAUUCUUUACGCACAAGAAUGUGGAAAAUAUACUUUGAAAACGAAAAUAAAAACAACAUAUUACGGCUAAAUACCGCGAUCUAUUUAUGCAUAAUAUUACGAUUGGUAAACACAGUGUUACGUCAUUUUUAUAUUACUUUAACAGUUCUCAAGAAUCCAAUCCAUCGAAAAAUCCAAAUUAAUAAAUGAGCAAGUUUAGAUAUUAAGACUAAAGAUGCGCAAUGAUUUUUUCUGAUUUUUGAUGAUUGUGCAAUGGUUUCUCAUGGUUCGAGUGGUGGAAACUUACAAUUUCUCAUCGCGGAUUCGGUAGGUGCAUAUUAUUACUACAUAUCACGAUAUCAGCUAUCAGGCAGCUGAUACGUCGUGUAAAGUAGGUCUUUCGGCAGCUGCGUAGUGAUAUAUACCGUUUAUGCGUACGCAGGUUUCUCGGAAAACUGAGAUUUUACAUGAAGAUUUACUAGAUAUUAUUUAUGACCGGUCGCGUGACACACAGUGCACUCCGCGUAUCAGCUCUCAACUGCGAUCCGUUAAAUUAUAUACAUCAGGAAUAAUAAGUUACAGAUCUUUAGAAAUUUCUUUAUUGCAAUUGCUAUAAAUCAUAUAUUAAUUCGAAUAAUUCUUCACUCUUAAUAAUAUCGAUUGUUUCUUCAGUAAUUCCUGAUAUUUGCUUUUUCCAAGUAGCUUGUAUCGAGAAAUUGUUCUAUUUUGCAAAUGUAUUUAUAAUCUUGUAUAUAUGUAGAAUACACACACACACACACACACAAAAGUGUUAAUCGAGAAACAUUUGCGCGUUAGAAUUGAAGAAUUCUUUUCGUUGAACGCAUCUCACGUUAAUACUGCGACGAUGUAACAAACAACAAUGUUAUCUUGACUGCGAUUAGGCAUCAAUGACCAAGUUUCGGCGCUUGUUGCGCAGUCGAAAUUAAAGGAAACUUUGGCUCGAACUUCGAACUUCUUAACGCGUCUCGCUUGUUCCUCGCUUCACGGACGGAGCGAUAUCAUGCAAUUGCGCCUAACUCCGACAAUCAAUCCGGCCGUGGCCCAAGUUGACAGCAAUUUAAAAUCGCGUUUGCUCCUUGUAGAGGAUGUCGCGGAGUAGUCUCGAUAACGAUUGAGGAUCAUCUUCGGCACAACCUUGUUCUCACCGAAAACUGACGUUUACGACCGUGAAACGAGAAAGUGUCCUUAAGAUACUCUCGCAAUCGUUCGAUAGUCCGAAGUAUUCCAAUGUCGAUCAUUGACCAUGAUCUCGUUACAUUUUGUAUGCCGGAAGAUGGAGUCGUCGAAAAGUGUCAAGGCGAGCAAGGUGGAGACUACAACUAGAAGCUGGACAGCGAAACCGAUUUUAGGCUCGGAUUUCACGGAAGUUCUACCGCUGCAGGAGGUCUACGUGGGCGUCUUGAGGCAUCGCAGAGAUACCUCCGUAGCGAUCCAAAGUAUAUCAGCCGCCCUGCCUGGAUUCGCCCAUCUGAAGCGUUGUUCCAAUGGCAAACUGCUUCUAGCUCCACUUCGUGCGGAUGAAUCGCACGAAAAAGACUGUGACGUCCUACUUGGUGAAGAUCAGCUGAAAGACCAGUUGCAGAAGAGAGGAUUCGAUGUCUCCUUACUGGAGAACAAUUUCCAGGUGACAAAGGUUCCGACCAGGGCGCCCAGAACGAAAUCGCAGGCCAGUGAAGCUUCGAAGAUCUGGCCGGUAAACUUCCAUCCCGAUCCGACAAUCGAGAGCCUGAUCGACGGCUCGAUUUUUGACGAGAAUCGCUUGCUCGCGAUCGAGAGGAUAAUGUUGUUAGUGACAGAGGCCGCCAAGCUAGAGGCGAUUGGCGACGAGUAUUGCACUGGUGCCGCGGCGGUUGUCGAUCCCGAAGACGGAAGGAUCCUGGCAGUGUCCGCUGCGAGGAUGGACCAGCAUCCGAUGUGGCAUGCUACGAUGCUAGCGGUAGAUCUUGUCGCCCGGCUUCACGGUGGCGGUGCGUGGCAAUUGAAUGAUAAUUCUGAAAAAGGGCGAACGGACAUAAUUCAGAACGAGAGCGAAACACCCAGCGAUGAAGGGAUGACAGACUCGAACGCUGCGACUGACGAGCAGAGCUCGAAGACACGACUGAGGCGGAUCAAAAGAAGGUAUGAAGAGGAAACGCCGCUCUGUUAUCCGAGCUCCCUGGCCUCGCUGAGGUUCCCAGUUCAGACGCCUCUUGAAGAGCAAACCGAGCGAAAGGGACGACGGAACAACCGCCAGUCCGCCAAACCUGAGAACUCGAAGCAAGAAGAAAACAGAAGCAAUGUGGAGAAGUGCGGGCCCUAUCUCUGCACGGGUUACUGGGUGUUUCUACUGAUGGAGCCUUGUCCUUUGUGCGCCAUGGCGUUGCUGCAUUCCAGGGUUGCGCGAAUCUUUUACGGCACGGCCAAUCGGACUGUGGGUGUUUUGGGAUCCAGAACGGUGCUUCACACGGUGCCGGGUCUAAAUCAUCGGUACCGCGUCUGGAGCGGAAUCCUGGAGCGGGAAUGCCGACAGACAGUGGAAGAAAUCAAUGCACGCAGAAGUCGCGACUGAGUCGCGAAUUUGACGCAGGUUCAUUAUGGAAGAUAAUAAUGCUCUAAAUGGCCGCGUGAACAAUUGGCUGUCUCUGGCAAUAGCUGAAGACGCUGAUGCCGCAAAGUCGGACAAAAGAGAGGACAAAACAGGAGCAAAGAGUACGCAUCGCUAUUGACGUAUCCUGUUCGUUCGUCGUUCCUGCUAACAACUUCUCGCACGGAGAUGCAUAUUAAAUGAUGUUGUAAUGACGUUGUACCAUUUGCAUAACGCAUUGUACAGAUUCCUCCGCCAUGAAGAAAAUAAAUUUGUUUUUAACUAAAAGGAAAA